AUGGCUGUCCAUUCAUUUACACCCAAAAGUGCGGGUGCUUCGUUUCUUCUUGCUUGUCUUUUAUAUUUACAAUAUGUUUCUGCUCAGACCGGCUCUGUUUAUCAACUGGACACCGAAUAUUCAGGCGUGAAUUUCUUCGAUGGCUGGGACUUUUACACAGGAGGAGAUCCCACUGGCGGAUUUGUGACAUACUACAGUCGUUCUUCGGCGCAAUCUGCAGGCAUGAUCGAUUCCACUACCAGCCAGUCAGUCUACGUGGGUUCGGAUUAUACCAGUAACAUUUCCUCUCCGACUGCCGCGGGUAGACCAAGUGUCCGGAUUUCCUCCCAACGAUCAUGGACGCAUGGUCUGUUCAUUGGAGAUUUCAAUCAUGCCCCAGGAGGAGUUUGUGGGACAUGGCCGGCAUUUUGGACACUCGGGCCGAAUUGGCCUUAUACCGGAGAGAUCGAUAUCCUGGAGGGCGCUAAUCUGAACGACUAUAACGGCAUCACCUUGCACGCCUCGCCAAAUUGUACAAUCGCUGACACCAGUCCGAUGACGGGUGCCUUACAGACUGACAACUGUGCAUACUAUCCACAGCCCGGCUAUAACGUUGGAUGUAGCAUAAGUGACGAUCGAACUUCGGCUUAUGGGACGACUUUCAAUCAGAAUGGUGGAGGCGUCUAUGCUAUGCAAUGGACAACGGACUACAUCCGUGUCUGGUUCUUCCCACGUGGAUCGAUACCGUCUGAUAUCACGGACUUGACCCCCGAUCCUUCCUCCUGGGGUCUUCCAGCUGCCAACUUCGAGGGGUGUGUGAUUGAUCAACACUUCCAGGACCACAAAAUCAUCCUGAACAACGACUUUUGUGGUUCAUAUGCUGGGGAUGCAAGCGUGUGGAACUCAUCCAGCGAUUCUUGUGCGACACAAACCGGUUAUGCAACUUGUAACGAAUAUGUGGCCUUUCAGCCUGCCGCUUUUCAGGACGCGUAUUGGAGCAUCAAUUCAAUUCGAGUGUACCAG